AUGCUGCAGCCGGGUUCGUCGGUCGCCGCGUGGCGCAAAAUGCUGGACACCGCCUCGCCCGAGAAUUGCCCCUUUGUUGCCGGCCUGUCACGCGCUGAGGCGGCGACAAUCCGAGUCCACGGACGACCGCGCGCCGGCCGACCUCUCGUGAUCAAUAUCACGGCGAGAACGGCGCGCGGACAAAGGCUAGACGUCGGCGGAGACUCCUUUGAGGUCGCGCUUGUCAGCGAUACUGCGCGGGUCGCCGCACAGGCCGUGGACCACGGCGAUGGGACGCACACGGCCACACUGGUGCCGCCUCGUGAGAUGACUGGUCGCGACGCACGACUGCGUGUCACGCAGGCCUAUCCAGCGAUCGCUCACGCGCUGAUGGUGUGGCGGGCUGUCCGCGACGCCAACCGCUCGUUCGCUUCCGCCGUCGUCAAGACGCCCGACCACCGAGAAUUGAUGUGCAGCGUGCGGCGUGCGAGGCGUGCCAACGACCGGGGUCGACACGGUGGGUUGACGGAGCUCUUCGCACAAGGCACGCUGGAGUCUUCUUCUGGAGCCGAGCGGCGCGUCAGUGAUGCCAACGCCACCGCCGCGGUGGCAUGCGACGUCUUUCGGGAGGUUGGCGGACCGCAGCAGCCGCUGUCGAUGUGGUGCUUCGUCCGGAACGAGGAGACUUGCCGCAACGUCUCGACUCACGCCGUUGCAAGCGAGCGUUGGAUCCGCCCUCGGAACAACGCGGCCGGACCGAAAGGGGAGUGGGCACCCUCCGCAGUCCUCCCCGCGGUCAGCUUCCGGGUGCUCGAUGAUGCAGGGCCUCUCCUUCACCGAGUCCGCCGCGCACUGCUGAGCUGCUGCAUCGGCCGCGAGCGCUCCAUGCCGACUGUCUGGGUGGAGGCCGCAGAGCAGGCCCAUCGGCACGCGAGCAGCGCCAGCGUGGGCCGGCGGGCGUGCACUGCGGCAGAUGUGCUCCGCACGCAGGAGGGGUACUGGGCGGUGGCGCGAUCCGGGGGGGUCACGAGCUGGGAGUGGAAGUAUCAUGCGUGCGAGCUGACCCCAGCCGCGUGCCGUCCAGCGACCGAGGCUCGGGUGCUGAGGCUCGGCGACUCCACGCUCGGCCAGUGGCACAAACUGAAGCGGCCCGGCCGUCCAAAUGUGCAAGCGUCCGGCACCGCGACGCCUCCCAGCCACCUCCCCGCGCUGGAGGGCGCGUUCCACUCAUUUCCGAUCAUGACGACCCGCGGUCUCUACUUCGCCUCCACCGCGCUCGCCCUCGCUCGUCCGGAGAUCCGCGCGCCUCUCACACUCGCAGGCUUCGAGGCCGCCUUCCUCGAAAGAGCCGCGGGUGAGGCAGUGCCGCCUCGGCUGAUCGCGAUCUCAUUUGUCCACCAUUGGGUGACCCUGCCGCUCGCGAGCUUUCACGAGGCGAUGGUGCGGCUGGCCGAGGCGCUCGAGGCCUUGCGUGCACGGCGGCCCGAUGUGAUCGUGCUCUACAAGACGGGCCACGCGUUGGCCACCGAUACGCUCACGCCUAUAACCCCGGAGGCGGGGAUGGGGUUCGACCUCAACCUCCGCAAAGCGUUGUACGAUGCGGUGGCGCUCGAGGUAUUGCCCGAUUGGGUCAUCGAGCUUGACGUCUGGUCGAUGACACGGAGCGACCCGUUCCCUCCCAUAGUGCACAAGGACCUUGCCCUGGUGAGCGCGCAGACGGCAAUCGCGCGGGAGGUCCUCGACGACGGCGCCUGCAGAGCGGCCGCGGCACACACCGGCCAUAGUAAAUAA